CAAAGAGGAGAGGAGGGAGAUAGGGAUACUAUGAAAGAAAUAGAGGAUGGAUUUGAUCUGUUGUUUCCACACGUGAAAGUGAAAUGAGUCCAGCAGAACACUGGUUGCAACGGAUUUCGCCUAUUCUGAAAGCGGUACAAGUGGCCCAGCUUCCUUACUAUUAAUUCUACCUCUACUGUGACAACUGCCUUGAAAAAGAACUAUAUACUCUCUCCUACCUCAGAUGGGAUAUAUCCUUUUUCUUUGUGCACUGGAAUAAAAGACAAAGGAAGCAGUGUUUUCAUCAUGGAUUGUCAAGAAAAUGAGUACCAGGACCAAUGGGGACAUUGUGUCACCUGCCAACAGUGUGGCCCUGGACAGGAGCUCUCCAAGGAUUGUGGUUAUGGAGAAGGUGGUGAUGCAUAUUGUACAGCCUGCCCUCCCCGAAAAUAUAAAAGCACCUGGGGACAUCACAGGUGUCAGACUUGCAUUACAUGUGCUGUCAUCAAUCGGGUCCAGAAGGCCAACUGCACAAAUACCUCUAAUGCUAUCUGUGGAGACUGUAUGCCCAGGUUCUACCAAAAGACACGCAUCGGGGGACUGCAGGACCAAGAAUGCAUCCCAUGUACAAAGCAAACUCCUUCUUCUGAGGUUCAGUGUACCUUCCAGUUGAGCUUGGUGAAGGUAGAUGCCCAUACUGUUCCUGGUAAGGAAGCCACACUUGUUGCACUGGUAGGCAGUCUGCUGGUGGUAUUUGCAUUAACCUUCCUUGGACUCUUUUUCCUCUACUGCAAGCAGAUUUUCAACAGACAUUGUCAGUGUGGAGGUUCGUUGCAAUAUGAGGCUGAGAAGGCAGUGGAGGAGGAUUCUCUUUUCCCCAUGCCAGCUGGCCAGGAGACCAGGUCUGAAUUUCCAGUGAAUGAGAGCAUCUUUGAGAUCAAGCCACUUAACUCCAUCCUGGAUGAUGACUGCAGCUCCACUAGUGGCUUCCCCACCCAGGAGUCCUUUACCAUGGCGUCCUGUGCCUCAGAGAGCCAUUCUCAAUGGGUCCAUACCCCAAUUGAAUGUACAGAGCUGGACCUGCAAAAGUUUUCCAGCUCUGCCCCUUGUACUGGAGCUGAAACCUUGAGGGAGAAUACAGCUGGAAGCUCCAGCAGGCUGCAGCUCCAUGCACCUUUUGAAGCUCCCAGACUUUGA